AUGCCGGAAGCAAUGAAGCUUAUGCAACGUGAUGCAUACAAUCUCUCUCACUAUCUCUCUGUUAUAUCUCUCAAGAAUCUCAUGACAGAUUCGUUAGUUGCUAGAAUGAUCAAGAAGGUGGAAGAGGAGGACCUUGUGUCUGGGACAUUCACAUGGAGAAUUGACAACUUCUCUAAGUUAAAAAAGUACAAGCAUUUCUCUGACGUUUUCGUUAUUGGUGGCUAUAAAUGGCGGAUGUUUAUAUAUCCAAAGGGUGACAACGUCGAUUACUUGUCCGUGUUUUUGGACGUUCCAGAGACUAAGACAUUGCCAUAUGGGUGGAACAGAUAUAUCAAGUUCACCAUCACACUCGUUGAUCAAUUUGAUACCAGAAACUCAGUAUCAGAGGAAACGGAACAUGUGUUUAUGGCAAAUACGGCUGACUGGGACUUUGCAACACUUGUUCCUCUAAGUGAUCUCCACUGUCUUGAUAAUGGGUAUCUGACUACAACGGCCAACGAUAUGAACGUUGAUGCUUGUCAACAUCUUCAACUGUUGUGGGAGGAGCUUGAGGCCUUCAAAUUUGACUUGGCUUGGCUGGAGCCUCAUGUUCAAUCUGUUAUUGCUAUGAAGAAAAAGGCAGGAAUAGUGAAUAGACUGCAAGAAGAUGUCGAUGCUUUGAAAAACGAAAUAGAGAGGCGAAGGGCUAUCCUAGCGGAGGCAGAAGCCGUUCUUGAGGUAGCAGAAAGAGAUUUGGCAGAGGCACAAGAAGAGCAUUUCAGCAAGAUAGAUAUGGAUAGUGAGCUAGGCUAUCCGUUAUCUUAA